AUGCCUUCAACCUCGAGCGUCUCGUCGUACUCAAACGGCUCAUACUAUACGAAGAGCAGGUCUGACCGUCACCAGCAGACCAUAACGAGCAUACCGGGUCGCUGCAUCCACCCUUCGAAGCUUGGGAACAUGCUGCAAGCACGGUUUGGAAAUAACUACUCUGUCGAAAUGCGCGCCGACAACUACAAGAUUUCUGCCGGAUCCAAGAUCUCGUAUGCCGACAUAAGGUCUUGCUAUUGA